CGUCGGCGCCCAGCAAUGGCGAAGAGCUUACGGAGUAAGUGGAAGAGGAAAAUGCGUGCUGAGAAGAGAAAGAAGAAUGCACCAAAGGAACUGGCGAGGCUAAAAUCCGCACUUGGCAUCGAAGGAAAAGGCGAAAUCGCGAUGAAGGACAUCUCAGAGAUUGCUACCGUGGUACCAGCGGAGAAGCUGAAAGAGAGGGCUGAGGAUGUGGACAUGGAAGGGGGUGGAGAUGACUGUGGCAAAAUGGACAUGGACGGCAAGCUCUGCAAGAAAACCCUGCUCAACGAACACGGACAGUACCCGACAUGGAUGAGUCAACGACAGAUGAAGAAACAGAAGGCCAAACGGAACCCAAAGAAACCAGGAAAGGCCAAGAAGCAGAAGAAGAUAGCUUGGUAAACUGCCAGUGUCAUGCUCAAAAGCCA